UAAAUUAAAAGAAACGAAACGAAACGAAAUUGUAUAACCAGAAAACGGAUAUCUAAUUAGGGUUCUGAGGGUGAGCACCCUGGAUUGCUUGAAGUGUUGAGCUACGUUCCUCUCUGUGUCGUUAGGGUUUCGAGUGGUCGUGUUCUCUCUAGAAGCAGGUAUCUUCAAAAUCUUCGGUUUGACACAUCCACCUUAUUUGCCACUCAUUCUGCUUCGGGGCGCACUGGUGUUUUUAUGAUAUUUUGGGAAAUGGGUGAGACUGGAAAACGAUAUCAUUCACAGAGAGACCAUGAUGGGGACAGGAAAAAUCAAAAGAGACGUGUGAAUGACAGAGACGACAGGGGUAAUGAUGAAUUGAUUGUUUAUAGGAUACUCUGCCCUGAUGAAGUUAUUGGGAGUGUUAUCGGGAAGAACGGGAAAGUGAUAAAUUCAAUUAGGCAAGAAACCAGAGCAAAAGUCAAGGUUGUGGAUCCGUUUCCUGGUGCCAAGGACCGGGUUAUAACGAUCUACUGCUAUGUUAAGGAGAAGGAAGAAGUUGAGAUUAACGAUGAGUUCACAGGUAAAGAACCAUUAUGUGCUGCUCAAGAUGCUCUUCUCAAGGUUCAUGUUGCCAUUGUCAAUUCCAUUACAACUCUUGGAGAUUCUGAGAAGAAACGGAAGGAUCGAGAUGAAUGUCAAAUUCUUGUUCCAUCAAGCCAGUCUGCAAAUAUCAUUGGUAAGGCAGGAACUACCAUUAAAAAGCUGAGAAGUAAAACACGAGCAAAUAUCAAGGUUACUGCCAAGGAUACAGCAGAUCCAGCACACUCAUGUGCUAUGGAUUUUGACAAUUUUCUCUCGAUUACUGGUGAAUCAGAAGCGGUUAAAAGAGCACUAUUUGCAGUUUCCUCUAUUAUGUACAAAUUUGGUCCGAAGGAGGACAUCUCUCUUGACACAACAGUACCAGAAGCCCCACCUAGCAUUCUUAUUCCCUCUGAUGUUUCUAUUUAUCCUCCUGGUGGACUAUAUCCACCUUCAGACCCUAUUGUCACACCUAGAGCAGUUCCUCCAAUUAUAGGUGCAACUAAUGUUCAAGAUCUGCAAGGUUAUGCUGAUGCUGGCAAUACGUGGCCUCUGUACUCUUCUGCCCUACCAGUUGUUUCUGGCUCUGGUGCUUCCCAAUCUGAGGAGUUAAUUGUUAGAAUUCUGUGCCCUUCUGACAAGAUUGGUCGUGUCAUUGGGAAGGGAGGUAGUACAAUUAAAAGUAUGAGGCAGGCUAGCGGUGCUCAUAUUGAGGUUGAUGAUUCCAAGGCUAAUUAUGACGAGUGUUUAAUUAUUAUAACUACAACAGAGUCGCCGAGUGAUCUAAAGUCAAUGGCUGUUGAAGCUGUUCUGCUGAUGCAAGGGAAAAUAAAUGAUGAAGAUGAUACCACUGUUUCAAUGCGGCUUCUGGUUCCAUCCAAGGUGAUAGGUUGUAUUAUUGGUAAAAGUGGCUCAAUCAUAAAUGAAAUUCGGAAGAGAACUAGGGCUGAUGUUCGAAUCUCUAAAGGUGAUAAGCCAAAAUGUGCUGAUGUGAAUGACGAACUUGUUGAGGUGGGUGGCGCAGUUGAUUGUGUAAGAGAUGCACUGAUCCAGAUUAUAUUAAGACUCAGAGAUGAUGUGUUGAGAGAAAGGGAUACUAGCCAUAAUCCUUCUAUAGGUAUAGGUGCCGAAUCCUUGUACUCAGGUAGUGCAGGUUUUUCAUUGCCAUCCGUGCUUCCUUCGGUCCCUCCUGUUGCUGCUCCAUUGGUUUAUGAUCAGAGGGCUGAGAGUGGAGCUGGCCUGGGCAUGCUUUCUUCAAGCAGCCUUUAUGGAUAUGGAUCUUUGUCGAUGGGAGAAAAUGGCUAUGGCUCUAUAUCCUCGUAUACCAACAAGCUAUAUGGAGGUUUACCACCCCCAUCAACUCUGGAUAUGUUGAUUCCAGCCAAUGCUGUUGGUAAAGUGCUGGGUAAAGGAGGGGCAAAUAUAGCCAAUAUCAGGAAGAUUUCGGGAGCAACAGUUGAGAUAUCAGACUCCAAAUAUGGCCGUGGUGAUCGUAUUGCUGUUAUAUCUGGCACACCUGAACAAAAGCGUGCUGCUGAAAACUUGAUCCAGGCAUUUAUAAUGGCAACCUGAAUUAUUGAAGUUCUUUCUUGGGGUAUUGAAGGUGAAAAGUUUAUUUCUUGAAGUAUCUCCUUGUUCCUGUCCUUAGUUUCUGUUAGGUUGGUCCUGGAGAGACAAUGUUCUCUAGGGUUAUUCAGCUUGACUCCUGCUUCUCCCACAACAGUGGCUAACAAGUUCGUGCUUGAGGAUCCAUUGCUGGUUUUUGUAUUUAGGAAUUAUAGUUCCUUUCCUUUUGUUUCCUCUUAAUCUGCUCUCAUCUGGGUUUUAUCGUAGAAUCUAGGAUCAUUCUGUCCUUUCAUGAUGUUUGUCUUGGACUAGUGUGGAGUCAUCGCUAUCUCCAUAAAUUAUUCAGUGGAACCAUAAAGCGGUGUUUAUUAUGUU